AUGUCAAAGAGAGCGAAACUUCUGUACGAUAAAGGACAUGAGCCUGCAUUUAUCAGACGUUUCAAAGAACGUACUGGUUAUCAAGCUCCAGUGGAUGUGGAUGAAAAACGCAGGAUUGCCAGACAUGAUAUCGAUGAUGAUGAUGAACAGAACGAUGAAUUUCGACGUGAAGAUGAAAAACCACAAGUUGUUCAAUUGGCAAGCAGUGAUCUUAGUAAAGAAGAAGUUGAAAAAGAGUUAAAAAGGGUGAAAGAAGAGGAAGAUGAGCGAAAGUGCAUCAGUACAACAGGACGUCUGUUAUUUCGAAGACCACAGAAAAAAACAACAUCAGUUGGUGAUGAGCCAAGCAGAUCAACAAAAUCGUCAAGUGAACAUACUAUUGUGGACGUUGCGUCAACAACUUCAAAAGCAAUAAAGCGGAAAACUGGAUUAUCGAAUAAUCAAUCAAUUACUCAACAUUCAUCUGAACAGGUUAAAAAUAUUAAAGAUGUUGGUGAUAAUGCAGAGAAAAAAGUGUCGAAUUCAAAAUCAGGAAAUAAUCAGAGACUUUCUUUUAUGACAUCCAUCGAUGGCGAUGAGGAAUGA